CUAAUCAAUCAAUAAAUAAGAAGUCUUCUACCAUUGUCGUCUUCCCAACAAUGGCGUCGCCAAAUCCCUCCAUAAGCUGGCUUCAAGCCUUCCCGAUCCUGCCGCUACUGGCUCUGAAUACCAUGAUUCAGCCCGUCGGCCGCGUUCUAGGUACCUCUGCAUUCCAUAGCGUCUGGCUUCGAGCUUCGCCCAUCAUAUGCGCCCUCGAUACUCUAGGCUUUGCCUUUCGGUUCUUAACAUACUAUACUUUGCUCCGUGCUAGCCCACGUAAGGCGAUGCUUAUUAUCGGAAUGGACCGCUUUAACGAGGCUGAGAUCGAUAACGGUAUUCGAAAGACAACGAUAGUCGCGACGAUAUUACGCCUUUUUGGGUUCUUCCUCGGCAUAUUACCACCGACAUAUGUGGUUGGUGCGUGGGGGGACAUCAGAUGGACGAUGGCUUGGGCAUGGAUGUAUGCUGCUUCAUACGUCGUGUUAGAGAUUGCAUCGCAGCGGGCUAGAAGGGAACUUUCGGAACUUUCUAAACCACAGUAUACUCCUAUUGGUUUCGAAUUAGAGGAGAUUAUUGAGGAACCAGACAAUGGCAAAAUAUCGCAUGCAGCCAGUACUGAAGAUACGGAAGACGAAGAGAACGAUCGGGCUAAACUAUUAAAAGACGAAACUCAGGAAGAACCGGAAGAAUCAGCGAGCACGAAGUAUAAGCCAGGCAGGACGAGCAGGGAGGUGGGGGAUAUACAUGAUGAAAACAAUGACAGCACGGCCGACCAAGUAGAGUUUACAGCAUCGGCUAGCACCGAGCACCUGCUAAGUAAUGGGAUUGAUGGAGACCAACGGAGAAAAGACGAUGAUGAUGGCUCUAUCCUCCCUCAAGUGAAGUCUUGGGCAAUGGCGAAUAGGGCUGGACGCAUACAAGAAGUCAUUGACGGCUCUACCGUGGCUCAGGCAGAGACUACAGAAUCUACGAACGAGGGCCGCCCUUCCGACCUAGAGUCUGCGAAGAACAGCGACAGCAAAUACGCGGAUCCCAUCACAUCACCACGGUUGCCAACACUGAAACAUACUCUCGCUUGUAUGGAUAUGAUCCUAUUUGGGUGGGGCUGCCUACUCCAUGCGAUAUUCCUCUACUGGGCUUUUCUCGACCUUAUCCAGCCCCUUCUGAAUAGGCAUAUCCUCUCCUCCAGCAGCUGGGAGAUGCCACUCUUCCUUCUCAGCCUCCCCUUUAUAUUCGCCUGUUUGUUCCUCAUAAUGGCUGGAUCUGGCGGAACCGCAUGGGUCACUUGGAUGCUCGCCGCUACCUUUUCCGAGUUCGCGAACCGACAUCUCCCCACCUCUAUCCAGAAAUGCGCAUCAACGGUAGUGGUUAUAGUCACUUUGGGCUUAGCUGGUCUUGGGGUGGUGGGGGCCUAUUUUGUGUUAUUUGCCAUGGGAUAUCUGCUGCUAUCAGAUUAUAUGCGAUGGGUUUAUGGGUUAUUAUCUGUGGAGGCUGUGGUGCUGCUCAUAUUCUCCACCAUCUGUUUCAGUCUGUAUAUUCUGCUCAAGCUCGUUGCCGAGGCAAACCGGGGCGUGAAGGAGAAACUUUGGGUGUCUAGAUACGUGGGGGAGGAUGGAGUCGUCUUGCUAACUUGCGUUUUAGUCACCUUCACGGUGUCGAUUCUGUGGUAUCGGUACCGAUACUCCUCAUCUGCGCACUGGGCGCAGGACUGGCGGGACGCUCUAGUUGUGAACACGACUGCGACCAACUCGACCAUGACCAACACGACCAUAGUCAACUCAACCAAGACCAGUUAACUUUAUAUAAUCUAUAUGCAACAUACAUAACUA